CGGAUUGGCGCCCUGUUUGGAUUGCUGGGCAGGCGCUUUCCUGUUCUUGUCAAGCAGCGGUGCCGUCGGCAUAGCGGUUGCUCUCGACGGCCUGACUUGUCGGGAUGUCAGGCAACGAAAGCAUGGUUGAGAGGCUGAGGCGGCGGAACCAAGCUAGCAACCAAGGCGGCAACGUCAGCCUGAGGGACCGGCAGGGCGCUCGGGAGGAGCGCAACGCCAUCGUGAUUGAGGACUCAUCAGAUGAGGAGAGCGGCAGUGCUGCGAUGGCCGGCAGCAGCAAGCGGCGGAGGAUGGACAGCAGCCGCCCUGCCAGUGCGAGGAAGAUAUGUGUCAUCUGCCAGGAUGACUUGAAUGAACAACAUGAGCUGUGCUUGCAGCUGGGGUGCGGCUGCACACAUCACUGGGAAUGGUGAGGAAAGAGAACGAACGCAGACACAGGAGGAGGGAACAUUCACGUCUGUCUGUCUGUCUGUCUAUCGGUCGGUCGGUUUGUGUUAUGUUUUUCCGUCAGUCUGAGCAACUACUUGAAGUUUGAGAUGAAGGAGCAAAAGGUGCCCUUCACGUGCCCGACCGUCAAGGGGGACGGUCCUACUUCUUCCUCUUCUUCUUCUGCUGCCGCUGCCGCUUCUGGUGGUGGUAGUGGUGGUGGGAUCGUGCGGUGCAAGCAGAUGCAGGCCAGCGAGGUGCAGAUAAUGCUCGAGGAGGUAACGAAGCACGUCAUGACACACACGAAGAACCUGCCACGCACGGAAUGGUUCUCUGUCUGUUCCGUCAGGCUGAUUUCAUUCGCUACUCGGAGCUGCUCAUCGAGAGGCUGCAGGGGACUCAAGUAUGCAGUAAGUGGACACACAGAACACAUGGCAGGCGAAAAACGCUUGUGCGAGUGAGUGCGUCAUUCUCUCUCUGUCUGUCUGUCUGUCUGUCGGUUCUCCUUACUUCAGCUGGUCCCGACUGCGGCUAUCGUGCGUUCCUCGGCGACGACGCGAGACUGCGGGAGGAGGGAGUGGGCUUCCCAUGCCCUAAAUGCGAACAGAUGUAGGCUACGCAGAAAGACAGACUGCAUGACCCACCUCACCACGCACCGAAUGUGUUUAUGUCGUUAUGUGAUGGUGGGCAUUUGUGUGUGCAGGUGUCUGGUGUGCGGUCUGAAGGUCCACAAGGGCAUGACGUGUGUGCAGGCCAAGGCCACCCAGGACACCAACUCGUCGGAUCGCAAGAACGAACAGGCAUUCAAAGACUACCAAAACGUGAGCCACUAGAGCAGCCGAUGCAGCCGAUGCAUCCACACACAACAGCCGGCUCUAAUCUCGUUUGUUGUGUGUGGUUUGGGAUUUGGUGUGUGCAGGAGAACAGGACGCGCAAGUGUCCUGACUGCGGCGCGGUGAUAGAGAAGGUGGAGGGCUGCGACAAGAUGCGGUGUCGGUGUGGUGCCAAGUUCUGCUACCAGUGCGGCGCGCGCAAUGCCACCUGUGGAUGCACAUCCAAGUUCCACGGCUUCUUCGACACCGAAUCGGUACACAGCGAACAAACCCAUCCCAGCACCCAUCCUCCACUCCACCUGUCAUACGCUCCCUGUGUAGGUCCGUAACAACUGGGCCAACUGGCCCCCCACGCGGAGCACCAACAUGCCCCGUGGCGGUGGCGGCGGUCCCGACAUGGCCAACUUGGCCGCCCUCCUGCAGCAGCAGCUCAACGACCUGCCCAACAUCGCCAGAGCCAACAUGCCCCCUUACUUCCAACCCUACUUCCCCAACGCAUUCGGCGGCCCCGCUGCAGGUGCAAAUGGCGCCGGCGGUCCACACGGGGGUGCUCACCCACACCACUCCUCUGCGGCGGCGGCGGCGGGGGCUGCUGCCGCUGCUCGUGCCCAUGCCAAUGCCGGUGGGCGCUCGUCGUCAGCUCGCGGAGGUGGAGAGCCCAGCAUGUUCGAUGAGAUGUUUGCGGCGUUGGUUGGUGCGGCCGGGCCGCCUCGUGGACCGGCAGGGCGGCAGCGGGGGCAGGGUGCCAGGGGCUACUUGGGGUAGGGGCAUUGGACGGUUGCUUGCUGGGUCAUGUCAUCAUCAGGGAGUUUUGCCUGCCUUUUUGUGUUGUGCUGUUUGGAGGGCCCGGCAAGAUGUGGUGGAUGGAUGGAUGUGAGCCCUUGUCUAUGUAUUGAUACAUUUGUUCCAUUUUGCAGGCAAUUCGCAGACAUGAACAGCCCAGCCCGGCCACACGCUGAGUUGCUUUUUCGCCGCACGAUGGCGUCAAGUGUUCGCUGUGUUAUAUAUAUGCGUAUCUAUCUGUAUCUACUACACGUGUGCUGCCGUGUGCUUCCAUGUGCGUGCAUUUUGCACAUGACCGUCUCGAGUCGGUGACGUGACGCCAUUCAUCAGCGUGAUGGCAAUAUUUGGAAUGCGCGUGUGCGGG